AUGAGUUCCCACCCAGACGCAGACCUCCACCCCGUCGCCACAGGCCCGGCAAAAUCCAUCGUCGACGACCACCAAGCCGAACAGCCAUUGAAACUCUACUCAGGAUGGUUCUGCCCUUUCGUCCAACGAGUCUGGACAGUCCUCGAGGAGAAGAAGAUUCCUUACCAAUACAUCGAAGUCAACCCCUACCACAAACCCACUUCCCUCCUCGAACUCAACCCGCGAGGAUUAGUCCCCACGUUACAAUACGACAACAAACCUUUGUUUGAAAGCACCGUUGUCUGUGAAUUUCUCGAGGAAGCGUUUCCGGAUUAUGGACCGCAGUUGAUGUCCCGGGAUCCUUAUGAUCGAGCUCGCACGAGGAUUUGGACGGAUUUUUGUACGAGUAGGAUUAUUCCUGCUUUUCAUCGAUUUUUGCAGUUUCAACCUAUGAGUGAUGAGGAGGGAUUGAGGGGGGUUAGAGGGGAGUUUUUGGGGACGUUGAAGGAGUUUGUGGGGGAGAUGGAGGGGAGUGGACCGUUCUUUUUUGGGAGGGAGCCUGGGUUGAUUGAUUUUGUGGUUGCGCCUUGGAUUGUGCGUCUUUGGGUAUUUGAUCAUUUCAAAGGGGGACUGGGGAUUCCUGAAGUGGGGGAAGGAGGUGAUGAUGAGAAUGUUUGGAAGAGGUUGAGGGUGUGGAUUGAGGCUCUGGAGGAGAGACCGAGUGUUAAGAAUACGCUUAGCGAGAGGGAGUAUUAUCUGCCCAUCUAUCAGCGUUAUGCGGAUGAUAAGGCACAGAGUGAGUUGGCUAAGGCGACUAGGAAGGGGAGAGGUGUGCCUUGA